AUCUGACCAGGCAGCUUAACGCAUUUGGGAACAAAUGUUUAUCUUUAAAGCACAUCUGAUGCUAUAAUUAACAAUUCGUUGGUUGUAUGGGAGAUUGAAAGUGCAGUUUUAUUUUUUACAAGGGAUCAAGAACACGUUCACUUGCUCUAAAAUAUGGCUUCGUCUGAUGGGAACAAAAACACGGAACCAUGGGGCGGUUUUGAUGACAACAUUAUCCAGGUACUGUAUUGAUAGCUAGCCAAGAAAAUGCUUAAUAUGUAUCGACUAUUUUAUUAUAUCACUGUACAUCGUCUUUAGUGUUGCCAAACUAUAUUUUACUCUGUAAUACAUGUCAUCAUCCUACUGAAAAUUGACAAACCUUGGCCCACAAUGUUGUGGUAGGUAGUUAGCUAGCCCAAUAAUAGACUAGCUAAAUUAACCUAACGUUACUCCUAAAUCAAAGGACCUUACAUGUUCUGUUUAAGGCGAAUUGGCUAAUCUAAAAGUGAAUCAUUCUUAAUUGUGGUACGGUUCUAGAAACACUUACAAAUCCCUCUUUAAAAUCACAUCAAAAUAAUUUCACAAAUGAAAAACACCGUUUUAACACAAUUGCAGUCGACAGUAUUUUGGCAUCGGUCUUCCAUUUACGCAGAUAGCUAAUUAGCACAUGUAGUCCACUGUAUUCCGUCUGUUUUCGUAAACAAGCGCUGUAACAUGGAUAUGGCCGUGUGGGAACGCUAACCCUAUAAACGUAUGUAGUAAUUUAACCUUUAAAAAAAUAUAUGUUUUAAAGAUUUCUUGCUGAUAUGUUUCCAAAACCGUACCACAAGCGAUGCGUGUUAAUGUUUAGCUCAAGCGUUGGGGUUCUUAACAAACCUCCUCUGGUCAGAAGAUACUGCAGUUAGCGUCUUUGAAUGGGGUAGCUAGUUAGCUAACCAUAAACUAGAAAUAUCCUUAUUUGUGUUUCUUCCUUAUUCGUUUCACGUGGUGACUGUGUAAAAGGAAACAUUGACAAUUUGCUUGUGAAACAUCAUUUCACCUAGAUGGAUAUACAGUAGUUAUAUCUAAUAAACUAUCUUACCAGGGCACUGGUUCAGCAGUGAUUGACAUGGAGAACAUGGAUGACACAUCAGGCUCCAGCUUUGAGGACAUGGGGGAGAUGCACCAGCGCAUGAAGGAGGAGGAGGUGGCAGAGGAGGCAGAAGCAACUGAAGAGGAGACUGGGGAGGAUGGCGAGUUUCUGGGCAUGAAGGGUAUCAAUGGCCAGCUGGGGAGACAGGUGGCAGAUGAGGUGAGCUGAGAAUGCUUUGUGAUGCUGAUGAUGGGCAACAACCUGUCACACACAACAUUACCUUUGUUAUGAAAUGGGCUUUGCCAUAACCCAAUAUUAUAAGUUACAUCUCAAUAGUCUUGUCUGGUUAAUGUUGCAGUCUUAACUUUGACUUUCAUCACACCUUUGUCAUCUGAUGAACCGAGUGGCGCAGUGGUCUAAGGCACUGCGGCGCAGUGGUCUAAGGCACUGCAUCGCAGUGCUAUCUGUGCCACUAGAGAUCCUGGUUCGAAUCCAGGCUCUGUCGUAGCCGGCCGCGACCGGGAGACCCAUGGGGCGGCGUGCAAUUGGCCCAGCGUCGUCCAGGGUAGGGGAGGGAAUGGCCGGCAGGGAUGUAGCUCAGUUGAUAGAGCAUGGCGUUUGCAACACCAGGGUUGUGGGUUUGAUUCCCACAGGGGGUAUGAAAAAUUAUAUAAUGUAUGCACUAACUGUAAGUCGCUCUGGAUAAGAGCGUCUGCUAAAUGACGUAAAUGUAAAUGAACUUUCCCUCAUCCUCUUAGGUGUGGCAAGCAGGAAAGCGUCAGGCUUCCAAAGCUUUCAACCUAUAUGCCAACAUAGAUAUUCUCCGGCCGUACUUUGAUGUAGAGCCUAUGCAAGUUAGAAACAGGUGAGAGUCGGUCACGAAUGUGUUUGUAAUCACAAUGUUUAACUUGUAAAAUAGUCUCGCGGAGUCACAUUUUAUUUAAAAAUGUCGGACAUUUACGCCUCUUUUCUACUCUAGGUUGAUUGAAUCAAUGAUACCCAUCCGCAUGAUACAUUUUCCACAGGUGAGUGGAAUUUUCUUUUCCCAUACUAUUUUCACAGGCCGGGGGGAGAUUUAAAUCUAGAGGCUUUCAGCGCUUACCUGGCCAAUUAAAGGAAACAUUAAUGUAUUCACUGCUCCUAUUUUCCAACUAUAGAAGAUUGCUGGGGAGCUGUAUGGGCCCAUGAUGCUGGUGUUCACGCUGGUGGCCAUCCUCCUGCAUGGAAUGAAGACAUCAGGAACAGUUAUUGUAAGAGAGCUCAACUUAUACUGGCUUCGUAAAUGCAUGUUAAUAUACAGUAUGUAUAGAUUAACAUUUAUUAUGAAGCUCAGGGAUACUGAUGGUAGAUUAAUUAAAACUGUAGAUGGGGGUAGCCAUCAACUCAAAACCCUUUUGACAUUAUGAAACCAAAAGCCAUCUAUCUGUUCAGCUUUUGCAGCUCAAAAAUAUAAAUUACUGCUCAUGUAACACUCAUGUGGUUUGUUCAUCCUGCAUUCUUAAGAUAUAUUGCCUUAAGAAAGUAUUCAUACCCCUUGACUUAUUCCACAUUUUGUUGUUACAGCCUGAAUUCAAAAUUGAUAAAAAAGAAAAAAAUAAUCUCACCCAUCGACACACAAUGCCCCAUAAUGACAAAGUGAAAACAUAUUUAGAAUUUUUUGCUAAAUUAUAUGCUAUGACACUCCAAAUUGAGCUCAGGUGUAUCCAAUUUCCUUUGAGACAUCGAUACAACUUGAUUGGCGUCCACAUGUGGCCAAUUCAAUUGUUUGGACAUGAUUUAGAAAGAAACACACCUGUCUAUAUAAGGUCCCACAGUUGCAUGUCAGAGCAGAAACUAAGUCCAAGGAACUGUCCGUAGAUCUCCAUAAAAUUGUGAUAAGUUCCUUCAGAAAGUAUUCACACCCCUUCACUUAAUCGACAUUUUGUUGUGUUACAGCCUGAAUUUAAAAUGGAUUCAAUUGAGAUUUUGUGUCACUUGCCUACACAUAAUACCCCAUGUCAUAAAAAUGGAAUUAUGUUUUUAGAAUAAAAUAAAAAAAAGUUAUUACAAAUGAAAAGCUGAAAUGUCUUGAGUCAAUAAGUAUUCAACCCCUUUGUUAUGGCAAGCCUAAAUAAUUUAAGGAGUAAAAAUGUGCUUAACAAGUCACAUAAGUUGCAUGGACUCACAAUGUGCAAUACAAUUAUUUUUGAAUGACUACCUCAUCUCUGUACCCUACACAUACAAUUAUCUGUAUGUUCCCUCAGUCGAGCAGUGAAUUUCAAACACAGAUUCAAGCACAAAGACCAGGGAGGUUUUCCAUGCCUUUCAAAGAAGGGCACCUAUUGGUAGAUGGGUAAAAUUAUAAAAGCAGACAUUGAAUAUCCAUUUGAGCAUGGUGAAAUUAUGAAUUACACUUUGUAUGGUGUAGCAAUACACCCAGUCACUACAAAGAUACAGGCGUCCUUCCUAACUCAGUUGCCGGAGAGGAAGGAAACCGCUCAGGGAUUUCACAAUGAGGCCAAUGGUGACUUUAAAACAGAGUUUAAUCACUGAUAAGAGAACUGUGGAUGGAUCAACAACAUUGUAGUUACUCCACAAUACUAACCUAAUUGACAGAGUGAAAAGAAGGAAGCCUGUAAAGAUUACAAAUAAUUCGAAACAUACAUCCUGUUUGCAACAAGGCACUAAAGUAAUACUGCCAAAAAAGUGGCAAAGCAAUUCAUUUUUUGUCCUUAACACAAAGUGUUAUGUUUGGGGCAAAUCCAAUACAACACAUUACUGAGUACCACUCUCCAUAUUUUCAAGCAUAGUGGUGGCUGCAUCAUGUUAUGGUUAUGCUUGUAAUUGUUAAGGACUGAGUAGUUUUUCAGGAUAAAAAAGAAACGGAAUGGAGCUAAGCACAGGCAAAAUCCUAGAGGGAAACCUGGUUCAGUCUGCUUUCCACCAGACACUGGGAGAUGAAUUCACAUUUCAGCAGGACAAUAACCUAAAACACAAGGCCAAAUAUACACUGGAGUUGCUUAUGAAGAUGACAUUGAAUGUGCCUGAGUGGCCUAGUUACAGUUUUGACUUAAAUCGUCUUGAAAAAAAGAAACCGGCUGUCUAGCAAUGAUCAACAACCAGCUUGACAGAGCUUGAAGAAUUAAAAAAGAAUGUGCAAAUAUUGUACAAUCCAGGUGUGCCAAGCUCUUAGAGAUUACCCAGAAAGACUCACAGCUAUAAUUGCUGCCAAAGGUGCUUCUAUAAAGUAUUGACUCAGGGGUGUGAAUACUUAUGUAAUAAAGUUGCACAAAUUUCAAAAAACGUAUUUUCACUUGGUAAUUAUGGGGUAUUAUGUGUAGAUGGGUGAGAAAAAAAACAUAUUUAAUCAAUUUUAAAUUCAGGCUGUAACACAACAAAAUGUGGAAUAAGUCAAAGGGUAUGAAUACUUUCUGAAGGCACUAUAUGUUGUCUAUCUGACCUUGAUUAGGCCUAAUACAUUGUUCUUCAUCCCUGGACAGAGAGAGGGUACUCUGAUGGGCACAGCCAUAGGGACAUGCUUUGGUUACUGGCUGGGAGUUUCCUCCUUCAUAUACUUCCUGGCAUAUCUGUGCAACGCCCAGAUCACAAUGCUCCAGAUGCUGUCUCUGCUGGUGAGUCAACAAUGACCAUCACUGUCUGAAAUGUCUGCUCUACCCAAAAUUACAACCAAAUAAUUGCAGCCUUACCGCAAAAGUGGAAGAGGAAAGUGGAAGGGGGAGAAAGUAAGGAACUUGUCUGUCGGCCUUGCAUUAAAGAACAUAAUUGGUUAAGGAAAACUGUGAUAAAUAAAAAAGUAUAUCAGUUUCACUUAAGGACCAAAGGAUUGACAGCCGUCCCAUAAAGAUUGCAAAAUAGUUGGGAAGAGAUCUUUGACGUACCGAUCCCAUGGCAUAGUGUUUAUGAACUGACACGCAAAACGACACCAGAUUCAAAAAUUAGAAUCUUUCAAUUUAAAUUAUUAUAUAAAAUUCUUGCUACCAAUAGAAUGUUAUUUAUAUGGGGGAUACAAUCUUCCCAGCUCUGCAGAUUUUGCUGUGAAGAGACAGAAUCAUUAGAUCAUUUGUUUUGGUUCUGUCCAUUUGUAGCUUGUUUUUGGACACAGGUCCAGGAAUGGCUAAAGGAUUGCAAUAUUUACCUGGAACUAACCUUGCAGAUAGCAUUACUGGGUGAUCUGAAAAGUCAUAGUCAAUCAAUAAUAUAAUAAUACUUUUAGCAAAAAUGUUUAUUUUUAUUUCACAAUCUGUAGAAGCAAUGAGAAUAGAAAGGUUCAGAACUUUUGUAAAACAUCACAGUACAGUUGAAAUAUAUAUGGCAAAUAGAAAUCCUAUAUGGAUGGUGUUAAGAGAUAGAUGGGAGGUAUUGAAUAGAGUUGAAGGAUGGGACUAAUAACAAAUAACAACAAAUAAUAACAAAGAUAGCUAAUAAUGUAAGCAUACUGUGUCCAUAAUAAGUAUAUAGGUUGUAUGUUGGGAGCUUUUGGGAAAGAGCACAGUUAGAAAGAUAUGGCAUAUAAAAGCAAACCGGAUGGACAUCAUGAAAAUGAUCGGAGAGGUUGAGAGUAGAAGAAGUUCAGGAGCAAUAAAAAAAAAAAAUAUAUAUAUAUAUAUAUAUAUAUAUAUACAGUGGGGAGAACAAGUAUUUGAUACACUGCCGAUUUUGCAGGUUUUCCUACUUACAAAGCAUGUAGAGGUCUGUAAUUUUUAUCAUAGGUACACUUAAACUGUGAGAGACGGAAUCUAAAACAAAAAUCCAGAAAAUCACAUUGUAUGAUUUUUAAGUAAUUCAUUUGCAUUUUAUUGCAUGACAUAAGUAUUUGAUACAUCAGAAAAGCAGAACUUAAUAUUUGGUACAGAAACCUUUGUUUGCAAUUACAGAGAUCAUACGUUUCCUGUAGGUCUUGACCAGGUUUGCACACACUGCAGCAGGGAUUUUGGCCCACUCCUCCUUACAGACCUUCUCCAGAUCCUUCAGGUUUUGGGGCUGUUGCUGGACAAUACGGACUUUCAGCUCCCUCCAAAGAUUUUCUAUUGGGUUCAGGUCUGGAGACUGGCUAGGCCAAUCCAGGACCUUGAGAUGCUUCUUACGGAGCCACUCCUUAGUUGCCCUGGCUGUGUGUUUCGGGUCGUUGUCAUGCUGGAAGACCCAGCCACAACCCAUCUUCAAUGCUCUUACUGAGGGAAGGAGGUUGUUGGCCAAGAUCUCGCGAUACAUGGCCCCAUCCAUCCUCCCCUCAAUACGGUGCAGUCGUCCUGUCCCCUUUGCAGAAAAGCAUCCCCAAAGAAUGAUGUUUCCACCUCCAUGCUUCACGGUUGGGAUGGUGUUCUUGGGGUUGUACUCAUCCUUCUUCUUCCUCCAAACACGGCGAGUGGAGUUUAGACCAAAAAGCUAUAUUUUUGUCUCAUCAGACCACAUGACCUUCUCCCAUUCCUUCUCUGGAUCAUCCAGAUGGUCAUUGGCAAACUUCAGACGGGCCUGGACAUGCGCUGGCUAGAGCAGGGGGACCUUGCGUGCGCUGCAGGAUUUUAAUCCAUGACGGCGUAGUGUGUCACUAAUGGUUUUCUUUGAGACUGUGGUCCCAGCUCUCUUCAGGUCAUUGACCAGGUCCUGCCGUGUAGUUCUGGGCUGAUCCCUCACCUUCCUCAUGAUCACUGAUGCCCCACGAGGUGAGAUCUUGCAUGGAGCCCCAGACUGAGGGUGAUUGACCGUCAUCUUGAACUUCUUCCAUUUUCUAAUAAUUGCGCCAACAGUUGUUGCCUUCUCACCAAGCUGCUUGCCUAUGGUCCUGUAGCCCAUCCCAGCCUUGUGCAGGUCUACAAUUUAUAUCCCUGAUGUCCUUACACAGCUCUCUGGUCUUGGCCAUUGUGGAGAGGUUGGAGUCUGUUUGAUUGAGUGUGUAGACAGGUGUCUUUUAUACAGGUAACGAGUUCAAACAGGUGCAGUUAAUACAGGUAAUGAGUGGAGAACAGGAGGGCUUCUUAAAGAAGAACUAACAGGUCUGUGAGAGCCUCUACAUGCUUUGUAAGUAGGAAAACCUGCAAAAUCGGCAGUGUAUCAAAUACUUGUUCUCCCCACUGUAUAUACAGUGGGGAGAACAAGUAUUUGAUACACUGCCGAUUUUGCAGGUUUUCCUACUUACAAAGCAUGUAGAGGUCUGUAAUUUUUAUCAUAGGUACACUUCAACUGUGAGAGACGGAAUCUAAAACAAAAAUCCAGAAAAUCACAUUAUAUGAUUUUUAAGUAAUUAAUUUGUAUUUUAUUGCAUGCCAUAAGUAUUUGAUCACCUAUCAACCAGUAAGAAUUCCGGCUCUCACAGACCUGUUAGUUUUUCUUUAAGAAGCCCUCCUGUUCUCCACUCAUUACCUGUAUUAACUGCACCUGUUUGAACUCGUUACCUGUAUAAAAGACACCUGUCUACACACUCAAUCAAACAGACUCCAACCUCUCCACAAUGGCCAAGACCAGAGAGCUGUGUAAGGACAUCAGGGAUAAAAUUGUAGACCUGCACAAGGCUGGGAUGGGCUACAGGACAACAGGCAAGCAGCUUGGUGAGAAGGCAACAACUGUUGGCGCAAUUAUUAGAAAAUUGAAGAAGUUCAAGAUGACGGUCAAUCACCCUCGGUCUGGGGUUCCAUGCAAGUUCUCACCUUGUGGGGCAUCAAUGAUCAUGAGGAAGGUGAGGGAUCAGCCCAGAACUACAGGGCAGGACCUGGUCAAUGACCUGAAGAGAGCUGGGAACACAGUCUCAAAGAAAACCAUUAGUAACACACUACGCCGUCAUGGAUUAAAAUCCUGCAGCGUACGCAAGAUCCCCCUGCUCAAGCCAGCGCAUGUCCAGGCCCGUCUGAAGUUUGCCAAUGACCAUCUGGAUGAUCCAGAGGAGGAAUGGGAGAAGGUCAUGUGGUCUGAUGAGACAAAAAUAGAGCUUUUUGGUCUAAACUCCACUCGCCGUGUUUGGGGGAAGAAGAAGGAUGAGUACAACCCCAAGAACACCAUCCCAACAGUGAAGCAUGGAGGUGGAAACAUCAUUCUUUGGGGAUGCUUUUCUGCAAAGGGAACAGGACGACUGCACCGUAUUGAGGGGAGGAUGGAUGGGGCCAUGUAUCGCGAGAUCUUGGCCAACAACCUCCUUCCCUCAGUAAGAGCAUUGAAGAUGGGUCGUGGCUGGGUCUUCCAGCAUGACAACGACCCAAAACACACAGCCAGGGCAACAAAGGAGUGGCUCCGUAAGAAGCAUCUCAAGGUCCUGGAGUGGCCUAGCCAGUCUCCAGACCUGAACCCAAUAGAAAAUCUUUGGAGGGAGCUGAAAGUCCGUAUUGCCCAGCGACAGCCCCGAAACCUGAAGGAUCUGGAGAAGGUCUGUAUGGAGGAGUGGGCCAAAAUCCCUGCUGCAGUGUGUGCAAACCUGGUCAAGACCUACAGGAAAAGUAUGAUCUCUGUAAUUGCAAACAAAGGUUUCUGUACCAAAUAUUAAGUUCUGCUUUUCUGAUGUAUCAAAUACUUAUGUCAUGCAAUAAAAUGCAAAUUAAUUACUUAAAAAUCAUACAACGUGAUUUUCUGGAUUUUUGUUUUUAGAUUCCGUCUCUCACAGUUGAAGUGUACCUAUGAAAAAAAUUACAGACCUCUACAUGCUUUGUAAGUAGGAAAACCUGCAAAAUCGGCAGUGUAUCAAAUACUUGUUCUCCCCACUGUAUAAUAGAAUUAUUGUAAAAUUAACUCUGUCCAUAAGGUGUAGAUGGUAAGUAUAGACCGGAAGUAGAGGCCUGGGCAUUGUUGUUCACUAAUUUACUCCAAGUAGGGAAAGGAUGGUGGGGUUGAAAAGUAAUAAAGGGGAGUAUAUAUAUAAAAAAACAAAAAACAAAAAAAAUAAACAUGGGGGAUUGGUAGUGAUGCAGACAAUUACAUUGAUAGAAGAUACAAUCUAUCUGCAAUAUUAAGCUGAUCCAUUCCCCCCCAGAUAAAAAAUAAAAAUAAAAUAAAUAUAAAAAAAAAAAUAUAAAAAAAUAUUUUAAAAAUUAUAAAAAAUAUUAAAAAGUAAAAAAAUACAAAAAAUAAAACCAUGACCAUAACUCCCCUCACAGCAUCCCUGUGUAAUCAGUCUGUUAUAAAUGCAGUGUGAAAUCUCACUGUCUGUUCUACUAUGUGCCCCCAACAGGGUUAUGGUCUUUUCGGGCACUGCGUGGUUCUCUUCGUCACCUACAACGUCCACUUCCACUCCUUGUUCUACAUCCUGUGGCUGGUCGUAGGAGGGCUCUCCACACUGCGGAUGGUAAAUAAGCAGAUCAAUUACUACAAGUCCCAAGAGCCCCUUGACACUUAGACACUCGCUGACGUUCACACUGGGCACGUUUUAGUGCUAAGUCGGGGGAGGUGCAACCGCGACAGCCAGGCUCAGAUCAACAUGCCAUUGUUUAGUUUUUCUUUAUAAUGUUGAAAUAAACAUGUCUCCAACCCCCAUAUCACACACUCACAAACUGAAAUCAUGUGUGUACAUUAUACAAUCAAUUAGUGAGAGAGAGCCUCAAAUAUCACAUUCAUUUUGUAUACAGUGCCUUCAAAGUAUUCAUACCCCUUGACUUAUUCCAAAUGUUGUUGUUACAGCCUGAAUUGAAAAUGGAUUAAAUAUAUUUUUCUCACCCAUCUACACACAAUACCCCAUAAAGAAAAAGUGAAAACAUGUUUUUAGAUUUUGUUUAACAUUUAUUGAAAAUGAAAUACAGAAAUAUCUCAUUUACAUAAGUAUUCACACCCAUGAGUCAAUACCUUGUAGAAGCACCUUUGGCAGCGAUUACAGCUGUGAGUCUUUCAGGGUAAGUCUCUAAGAGCUUUCCAAACCUGGAUUGUGCAACAUUUGCCCAUUUAUUAUUUUCCCAAUUAUUCAAGCUCUGUCAAAUUGGUUGUUGAUCAUUGCUAGACAACCAUUUUCAGGUCUUGCCAUAGAUUGUCAAGUAGAUUUAAGUCAAAACUGUAACUCGGCCACUCAGGAACAUUCACUGUCUUCUUGGUAAGCAACUCCAGUGUAGAUUUGGCCUUGUGUUUUAGGCUAUUAUCCUGCUGAAAGGUGAAUUCAUCUCCCAGUGUCUGGUGGAAAUCAGACUGAACCAGGCUUUCCUCUGGGAUUUUGCCUGUGCUUAGCUCCAUUCCAUUAAUGUUUUAUCCUGAAAACUCCCCAGUCCUUAACAAUUACAAUCAUACCCAUAACAUGAUGCAGCCACCACUAUGCUUGAAAAUAUGGAGAGUGGUACUCUGUGUUGUAUUGGAUUUGCCCCAAACAUAACACUUUGUAUUAAGGACAACAAGUUAAUUGCUUUGCCACAUUCUUUGCAGUAUUACUUUAGUGCCUUGUUGCAAACAGGAUGCAUGUUUUGGAAUAUUUUGAUUCUGUACAGGUUUCCUUCUUUUCACUCUGUUAAUUAGGUUAGUAUUGUGGCGUACCUACAAUGUUUUUGAUUCAUCCUCAGUUUUCUCCCAUCACAGUCAUUAAACUCUAACAGUUUUAAAGUCAUCAUUGGUCUCAUGGUGAAAUCCUUGAGUGGUUUCCUUCCUCUCCGGCAACUGAGUUAGGAAGGACGUCUUUAUUUUUGUAGUUACUGGGUGUAUUGAUACACCAUCCAAAGUGUAAUUAAUAACUUAACCAUGCUCAAAGCGAUAUUCAAUGUCUGCUUUUUAAAAUGUUUACAUAUCUACCAAUAGGUGCCCUUCUUUGCGUGGCAUUGGAAAACCUCCUUGGUCUUUGUGGUUGAAUCUGUGUUUGAAAUUCACUGCUCGACUGAGGGACCUUACAGAUAAUUCUAUGUGUGUGGUACAGAGCUGAGGUAGUCAUUCAAAAAUCAUGUUAAACACUAUUGCACAGAGUGAGUCCAUGCAAUUUAUUAUGUGACUUGUUAAGCACAUUUUUACUCCUGAACUUAACUGAGCUUGCCAUAAUGAAAGGGUUGAAUACUUAUUGACUCAAGACGUUUCAGCUUUUCAUUUUUUAUUGAUUUGAAAACAUUUUGAAAAAGAUAAUUCCACGUUGACAUUAUGGGGUAUUGUUUGGAGGCCAGUGACAAAUCUCAAUUUAAUCCAUUUUAUAUUCAGGCUGUAACACAACAAAAUGUGGAAAAAGUCAAAGGGUGUGAAUACUUUCUGAAACCACUCUAUAUCCACUGUAUAGGCCUACAUGAAUCGUGGAAAAGUUGGUUCCUGUUUUAGUCAUGUCUUUGGUCAAGUUUGCAUGGGUCAAACAAAAACACCCUAAUGAUUGGUUGACAAUAGAGCCUCCCACAAUGCAGGCGAUGGCUGCAGGAUGAAGUAGGUGAAGAGCACCUGCAGAAACUUACAGUAGACUGCAGUCUACUUCAUGACCUUUGAUCACGUGAUUUUUGUAAAUUUCAUGCAGUCGAACAAAUUUUAUCCCCAUAAUGCAACAUUUGCUAAAUUAUCCGCUUGAACGCACCCAUUAUUUCAGUGAUAGUCAGUCUGUCCCGCUUGCUCACAUUAUCCCUCGCUCUCGUUCUCUCUCAGGUGGCUGCUCUCAUCUCUCGGACCGUGGGCCAGACACCACGCCUCAUCCUCUGUGGAACACUGGGUGCUCUGCAUAUGCUCUUUCUAUUCUACCUGCACUUCGCUUAUCACAAGAUUGUUGAAGGUAAGAUUCCUCGGAAAGAAAACCAGAGCCCGUAUUUACAAAGCGUCUCAGAGUAGGGGUGCAGAUCUAAGAUCAUUUUUAACUUUUAAAUCAUAAUGAAUAAAGGGUGGACCUGAUCCUAGAUCAGCACUCCUACUUUAUGACGCUUAAUGAAUACAGGCGUAGAGGUACAGUGCCUUCAGAAGGUAUUCAUACCCCUUGACUUUUUCCACAUUUUGUUGUGUUACAGCCUGAAUUAAAAUUUUAUUAAAUUGAGAUUUUGUGUCACUUGCCUAUACACUAUACCCCAUAAUGACAAAGUGAAAUUAUGUUUUUUUGUGUGUUCUUUAACAAAUUCAUUAAAAAUGAAAAGCUGAAACGUUUUGAGUCAAUACGUUUUCAACCCCUUUGUUAAGGCAAGCCUAAAUGAGUUCAGGAGUAAAAAAAUGCUUAACAAGUCACAUAAGUUGCAUGGACUCACAAUGUGCAAUACAAUGAUUGCAAUAAUAGUGUUUAAGAUGAUUUAUGACUACCUCAUCUCUGUACCCCACACAUACAAUUAUCUGUAUGUUCCCUCAGUCGAGCAGUGAAUUUCAAACACAGAAUCAACCACAAAGACCAGGGAGGUUUUCCAAUACCUUGCAAAGAAGGGCACCUAUUGGUAGAUGGGUAAAAAAAAAAAAAAAAGCAGACAAUGAGAAUCUUUGAGCAUGGUGAAGUUAAUAAUUACACUUUGGAUGGUGACUUAAAACAUAAGAGAACUGAGGAUGGAUCAACAAUAUUGUAGUUUCUCCACAAUACUAACCUAAUUGACAGAGUGAAAAGAAGGAAGCCUGUACAGAAUACAAAUAUUCCAAAACAUGCAUCCUGUUUGCAACAAGGCACUAAAGUAAUACUGCAAAAAAUUUGGCAAAGAAAUUAACUUUUUGUCCUGAAUAUAAAGGGUUAUGUUUGGGGAAAUCCAAUACAUGCAUUACUGAGUACCACUCUCUAUAUUUUCAAGCAUAGUGGUGGCUGCAUCAUGUUAUGGGUAUGCUUGUAAUCGUUAAGGACUGGGGAGUAUUUCAGAAAUGAAUGGAGCUAAGCACAGGCAAAAUCCUAGAGGAAAACCUGGUUCAGUCUGCUUUCCACCAGACACUGGGAGAUGAAUUCACCUUUCAGCAGGACAAUAACCUAAAACACAAGACCAAAUCUACACUGGAGUUGCUUACCAAGAAGACAGUGAAUGUUCCUGAGUGGCCGAGUUACAGUUUUGACUUAAAUCUAUUGAAAAUCUAUGGCGAGACCUGGCAAGAGCUUAAAUAAUUUUGAAAAUAAUAAUGGGCAAAUGUUGCACAAUCCAGGUGUGGAAAGCUCUUAGAGACUUACCCAGAAAGACUCACAGCUGUAUUCGCUGCCAAAGAUGCUUCUGCAAAGUAUUGACUCAGGGGUCUGAAUGCUUAUGGAAAUGAGAGAGUUCUGUAUUUCAUUUUUCAUAAAUUUGCUAACAUUUCAAAAAACAUUUUCACUUUGUCAUUAUGUAGAUGAGGAUAUGUUUUUUUUUUUUUUUGAAUUCGAGCCGUAACACAACAUUUUGAGUAUGUGAAGGGAUGUGAAUACUUUUUGAAGGCACUGUACUACCCAAAGUGUGUGCAAUUAGGACACUAUUUUUGUUGUUUUGUCAAAACAUCGGUCCUACAUUUUUGACUAUUGUAUGUGACCCAGGAUCGAUCUAUCUCGCUCUCUCUCUCUCUCUCUCUCUAUAUAUAUAUAUAUAUCAGUCAAAAGUGGGCAAAGCUGUCAUCAAGACAAAGGGUGUCUACUUUGAAGAAUCUCAAAUAUAAAAUAUACCGUAUUUAGAUUUGUUUAACACUUUUUUGGUUACUACAUGAUUCCAUAUGUGUUAUUUCAUAGUUUUGAUGUCUUCACUAUUAUUCUACCAUGUAAAAAAUAAAGAAAAACCCUGGAAUGAGUAGGUGUGUCCAGACUUUUGACUGGUACUGUGUGUGUGUGUGUACAAUCUCCAAGAAAAUGAGGUCAUCCACAAAAGUAUUUCAUUGCAGUGUACAUACGUCUUUCAGAGUAAUGAAGGCCAAUAAUGUGAACUCAGGAAAUUUAGUUGACUCCCCUGGUCCAAUUUUAAACACAUUUUAAUUGCUUCUAUUCAAAGACCCUCCAAGGUAUAUUCUUAAACUGGGUCUUGAAUUUGAUGCUGUAUGAUUAAAGAAAUAAGAAUUUGACAUUUGUUUAAACAUUUUUGUCUGAAGGUAUCCUGGACACAUUGGAAGGACCCAACAUGCCCCCCAUCCAGAGAGUGGCCAGAGAUUUGCCUGUGGUGGCCACCUCUGCUAUGAAUGCUGUGAAUACCACAGUGAAGAUCCUUGGUGUUAUUCUGCAGUCACAGUGAUGGUGUGUCCAACGUCAAAGAUGAUACCACAGGCUCAUGAGCUUGAAUUCCAUAGUGGUGGUGUGGUGUAGAUAAUACAGACUGAAGUGAAGGUCAAAGACCAUGUUGGUGACUGGUUAUAGUUGACAUUUGACCUUCAUCAUUAAACAUGAACAUUGUCUCAGUAAACACCACCAUCAGUUCACAACAACUCUUACAACUUUAAUUCUCCAUGGGAAAUGACAUGCUUACCCUGGUUGUUUAUAUUGUACCUAAUCAAAAAACGACAUGAUGGAGUGAGAUGUCAUGUUGGUGCUGUAACUCUUUUCAAAUGAUAGAAAAUUGCCUCCCUUUUCAUAGGGGUCUUGUAUUUGUUAAAGCAGCAUGAGUGCACUAAGAUUCCCAGCUGUUUGCAUUUGUACUCAUGUUAAGACUAAUUAAUCUCCAACUCGACACUUUCUCACCUCUUGUAGGCUUUGUUACACGGGUUAUGGUGUUAACAUCAAUUGAUGUUUUAAAAUUCUAGACAUUCAAUGGGAGGAAGGUUCUAAAGCUGUGUGUGGUGCCUUCUAUUGUUUUUCGAAGGAAUUAUGAUUAUCAUGUAUGCUAUGGGGUAAAUUAGAGUUUAAUCUCUUGUUUUACACAAUGCACAUCCAUUGUCUGUAAUUUUAAUAACCUAACCAGAAAAUAACCAGGUAUGCAGUUGAUAUGUCAUAUGAGAUAUGUAAUAGUGCAUUAACUUAUGAAUAUUGUUUAUCCUAAUCAGCUUUUGUUUCAUCCAGUCAUUUGUUUUGUGCAUUAUUUGUGCUUCCUAACAACAUUGUUUUUGGGUGGGAUGCAAGGUGACCUCUUUUAUUUUUAUUUUACAUGUGAAAAUGUAUUUAUACGGUUAUUGUACAGAAAGAUACAAUGGAAAUAAACUUUGACCUAAGACAACAUAUCUUUUAACACUGAC